AUGGCGCAUCUCAGAGCUCGAGCUCCACAGGCAGCUCUGCAAGGUCUGAGGGCUGCGAGUCCGGCCCCGCGCCGGCGAUGUGUCGCCCUUGCUGGUACCGCGCGGCAUAUGUCGAGCGAGCGCAACAGACCCGAUAGGCCGGCGACGAACGAGGAGAAGCAGGGCCGGACGUUCCAGGGCCAGGUCGUCGGCAGCAUCACCCAGCGUCUGGCGCGCGAGAAGGCGGAGCGGGAGAGGUUCGCCGCCGAGCGGGAGAAGACAGGCAACAGCAGGAAUCUGGCGUACACAUUUGUGCUACUCACCACGAUGGGUGUUUCGUACUACCUGGGCACCCUCGUACCCCCGAAACCCAGCGAAGAGUCGACCCUGCCGCUCGCCAAGACAACUGCGCCGGUUCACAAGCUCAACAAGGAGAACCUCGAGGCCGCCUGGGCCGACUUUGUCAGCAUUGUCGGCAAGGAGCACGUUAGCACGACCCCCGGCGACCUCGAGCACCACGCCGACUCGGUGUGGUCGUCGCACUCUGCCAAGCCCGAAGAGCGGCCGUUCUGCGUCGUGUUCCCCAGCACCACUGAGGAGGUGUCCGAGAUCAUGAAGAUCUGCCACCAACGGCGGAUCCCUGUCGUCGGCUACAGCGGCGGCACCAGCCUCGAGGGCCACUUCACCCCGACCCGCGGCGGCAUCUCCAUCGAUUUCGGACGUAUGAACAAGGUCCUGAAGCUACACCAGGAGGACCUCGACGUUGUCGUGCAGCCUGCCGUCGGGUGGGAAUCGCUCAACGACCAGCUGGCGCAGACAGGCCUCUUCUUCCCCCCAGACCCGGGCCCCGGCGCCAUGAUUGGCGGCAUGAUUGGUACCGGGUGCAGCGGCACCAACGCCUACCGCUACGGCACCAUGCGCGAGUGGGUUUUGAGCUUGACGGUUGUGCUGGCCGACGGCACCGUCAUCAAGACGCGGCAGCGCCCGCGCAAGAGCUCCGCCGGCUACGACCUCACCAAGCUCUUUAUUGGGUCUGAGGGCACGCUGGGCCUCGUCACGGAGGCCACGCUCAAAGUCACGACGAAGCCGGCGUUCACCUCCGUCGCCGUUUCCGCGUUCCCCACGAUCCGCGACGCGGCCAACUGCGUCUCAAAGGUGGUUGCCGCGGGCAUCCCCGUGGCGGCGGUGGAGAUCCUAGACGACCUGCAAAUGCAGUGCAUCAAUAAGGCCGGCAUGACGUCCAAGGCGUGGGCGGAGGCGCCAACGCUGUUUUUCAAGUUUUCUGGCACGGAGACGGGCGUGAAAGAGCAGGUGGCGCUGGUGAAGCAGCUGGCGAGCAAGGCCGGCAGCAAGACGUUCGACUUCGCCAAGAACGAGGAAGAGCAGCAGGAGCUUUGGAGCGCGAGAAAGGAGGCGCUGUGGAGCACGAUGGCUGUCAAGCGCGAGGGCGACUACGUGUGGACUGGCGAUGUCGCUGUGCCGACGAGCAGGUUGCCCGACAUUAUUGAGGAGACCAAGGAGGCUAUGGCGAAGAGUGGGCUGUUUGGUACCAUUGUUGGACAUGUUGGGGAUGGAAACUUCCACACCAUUCUACUUUACAAUGACCAGGAGCGCAAGAGGGCCGAGCACUUGGUUCACAAUAUGGUCAAAAGAGCCGUCGAGAUGGAGGGUACUGUCACGGGCGAGCACGGUGUCGGACUCGUCAAGAGAGACUAUCUCCCCCACGAGCUGGGCGAGUCUACCGUCGAUACCAUGAGACAAAUCAAGAAGGCCCUCGACCCCCUCUGUCUACUCAACUGCGAUAAGAUUGUCAGGGUGCAGCCGCCCAAAGCCGGCGAAGUGAGCGAGUGGUGA